UGCAUUUUUAAUAGAACUUAUAAUUUGUUAUAACUGCUAAAAGGGAUUCAAAUUAGUAUUUUGUUACUUUACGUUACGUUUUUUAACAGUUUCAAUAGCAGCUUAUCGUAAUCGCAAAUCGUUAUUUUGCCUAUCGAUAGACGAUUAAAAUGUGUGUCCGCGCAUGCUCGCGUGGGCGCAUUUGACGUCACUAGGAUGAAGGACACAACAUAGGCACAAACAAAACAAAUAAGCGAGAGACCUGUGGGCAGUUUAUUGAACGAAAGUUUAAGUUAUCUUUUAAUCCAAAUCGAAAUCUUAAAAUGAAGCUAACGCUACGUCGAUAUUCAUGGCUGGUGGCAUUACAGCUCACUUUGCUUGCGGCUGAUUUGUUCUUCAAUGCUUUCGGCUCCUGGCUGUCGCAGGAUAAGCUUCAAACAGCUAUAUUCUUUUUCAUUGUUCAAGACGCAUUCAUUAUUAUUGAGUAUUUGCUGUUUACAUUGGCUCUACAUUCGACUUGCGUCUACCAGGUGGGCGCCUCCCACAUUAUCCUACGCAAUUGCAAGCUAUUUUUGUUCAGCAUUACUGUCUACUUCCUGCUGUCCGCCUCACAGCAUUCCUGGACUAUUUACCAGUAUCGAUUGCCACCAUCAGAAUCCACACAGCAAUGGCCUUUGGCACUCUAUGCUUUGACCGUGCUGCAGCGCCUUAUGUCCGUUUACUACUACUAUACUUCUAAGUCAACGGCUUUGAUUAUGGCCGACCCGCGCUAUAAGGAAGAGCAUCUCGAUUGGAUAGCCGAACAAUUGGGUGAUAAAUAAAAUCAUCACGAAGGUUGACAGUGAUUGUACAUAUAUAAAUAUAUAUAUUUAAAGAGGUUUACUUUAGCUAGGUGGCGGCAAGAGUUUAAAUUGAAAUGUAAAGCUCAAAUACAAUUAAUAAAUGUACAU